AUGAAAGGUCAAUUUUCGGAAUUGACACAACAGACACUUGACUAUCAACAUUUGGCAACUCUAAUAACAGGAAAAGGAUUAAUGGAAACGUAUUGGCUGACUUGUCGUGAGGCGCCAAUAAUAUGCUUCAACAAAGACAUGGAAUGGUUUGCAGAAAUUCAGCCCAAAAAAAUCAUCGUGGUAAAAGGAAAGCUUUGUAAAUUAUCUGAAAAUGUGUAG